AUGAGUGACUUGGAACAGCAGGAAGAGUCUGCUUCAAGGGAAUGGGAAGGUGAGGAGCAUCAGGAAGAUCUCCCCAUUAUAGAUCACUCUGCUCAUGAAGAGGAUGAGGAAAAUGAAAACAAUUUUCAAGUGAAGAAUGAUGUAGUUGAACAUGUCCUGAGAGAGUGUGAUAUUGGACAUUUUGUGUGCCAAGAAUGUGGAAAGCAAUUUCCUGAUGAGUCUAGUCUCACGAGACACACCCUGAUUCAUAGAGUUAGAAACACAAAUGAAAACUUUUGUGAAUGCCAGAAGUGUGGAAAAAUUCUUUCUUGGGAGUCUGAUAUUACUAAACACAUCCAUAUACAUACAGGUGACGUAAACUUUAAUCCCCAUGUGAGCUAUGCUGUUGAAAGCAUCAUCAAUGAUAUGGAUGAAGAGCAGUCUCAAGAAAAUCAGAAAAGUAUUUUCAAAGGUAUAAAAAAUGAUACUGGUGAGAUGGAGGUGGACGCUUCAGAGGUUGACAGCAGUAUGGAUAGAUUGGAUGGCCAGGAGACAUAUGCCUCAGGUGAAUGGCAAGCCGAAGUAAACCAGGGGAAUCAUACAUCACAAGAGAGUCACUUUGAGUGUUCAGAUUGUGGGAAAGCCUUCAGUAUGAAAAGCAGCCUUGCUUGGUAUGGUCCCAAUUAUCUUGGUAUUAUGACUUUCAGAUGUAAAGAGUGUGCUCAAGAUGAUGAGUAUAAUAUUGGAGAUCAUGAAUGUAAAGAUUGUGGAAAAAGAUUCAUUAAGGAAUCUAGCCUUACCACGCACAUGCUGAUACACAGUGGUGUUAGAAAUUAUGAAUGUCAAGAGUGUGGAAAAAAAUUCCUUCAGAAAAAUCAUAUGCUUCAACACAUGUCAAUACACAAUGACGAGAAAAAUUAUGAAUGCAAGUUAUGUACUAAAACUUUUGGCCUGAAAACUUCUUUUGAUAAACACAUCCAUUCACAUGUUUAUGUCAAAAAGUUUGCCUGCACUCACUGUGGAAAAAAAUAUACACGAAAAUCUUAUCUCAAGGUUCACUUAGAUAAAUGUACCAUUGCUAAGGAGAAAACAUGUGCCAGUCAUCCUAAUAGUGAUGAAGGUACAGUUGGGCCUGCUGAUGUGGCCCAUGAGUUUGCCUCAAGUCUGAAGAUAGAAGUGCAGGAUCAGAAUACAAUGCAGGAUUAUGAUACAGAUAACUCUAUUCAAAAGGAGGAGGAGGAGGAAAUGCUUCAGUGUCCAGGAUGUAGAAGCAUUUUUCCGACUAAGGGUGAGCUUGUUGAGCACACCCUCAGACAGUGUGAUAUUGGAACUUUUGAGUGCCAAGUAUGUAGCAAGAAAUUCACUCACAAGUCUAACCUCACCAGACACAUGCAGAUUCACACUGGUGUUAAAAAUCAUGAAUGUCCAGAAUAUGAAUACCAAGAGACUGAAAUGAUUGUGACAGCUGACAAAACACAGGUUGCCAGCAGUGCUGUUGAAGAGGGGGAAACCAAUCAGGUAGCCAGCAGUGAGGAUGCAGAAGUGUGUGCAGACAUGGACAGUAGUGGGAGCAACUCAGAAAUACAGGUAAUAUCUGCUUCAGUUGAGUCAGACUAUGUGAAGGACAAGGAGAAUCACCUUAUCACAGAAACCUCUGUUGAAGAAGGCAGUAAGCAGGUUGGCAACAGUAAUGUAGCUGCAUACAUCAUAGUUGAUCCAGCACCGUUGGCCAACAGUGGGGGCAGCAUGGAGCUGCAGGAACAAUCUGCCUCAAAUGUUUCACAGUCUACAGGAGAGCAGAUGAAUCACCUUAUUGCAGGCGCUGCUGCCUACAAAGAAGAGAAAAGAGGUGACAAGAAUUAUGUGUGUCCAGGAUGUGGAGAGAGAUUUCAUUUGAAGUGUGCCCUCAAUAAGCAUGUGACUGAGAUGAUCCACUACAUAGUCACCUCUGGUUCUUUAUUUGAUUCUUCUUGGGGGUUUGUUGGGGCUGUGCAGGCUGUGUGUCAUAGCCUCUAG